AUGUGGAGGCAGGUGAUAACGCGAUUCGGGAUCUCGGAGAUCGUUAUCUCGGACAACGGCACACAAUUUACCGACAAGAAGUUCACGGAGUUCCUCACCGGCCUGGGUAUAAGACAGAAGUUCUACUCGGUAGAACACCCCCAAACAAACGGACAGGUGGAGUCCGCGAACAAGAUUAUCCUGUUAGGGCUUAAGAAGCGACUGGAUAAUAAAAAAGUCGCUUGGGCAGACGAGCUUGCCUCGGUCCUCUGGUCUUACCGAACAACCGAACAGUCCUCCACCAAGGAGACCCCCUUCCGACUAACAUACGGGUUAGACGCGGUAAUACCCGUGGAGGUCGGGGAACCGAGCCCGCGACUACUUCUGAAAGGAGUAGGGGAAGCCGUGGAGAAGGACCUGAUAGAUGAAGCCAGAGAAAUGGCCCAUUUGACGGAAACAGCGCUGAAGCAAAGAAUGGCCCUACGCUACAACACCAAAGUGCUCAAAAGAGAGUUUGAACCAAACGAUCUCGUCCUAAGGCGCAACGACAUUGGCUUACCGACCCCGGGAGCGGGCAAACUGGGAAGGUCCCUAUAG